UUCCUUUCUUCACCGCUAGCGUGUUGUGGCCAGCACGCCCACCGCCGUCUGAUCUUAUUCUUGACGUUUAGCCAUCGACAUAAAAUUUGCUUGCCAGUCUUAGCCAAACAUAUUAUUGUUGAUAUUGAUAAUCCUAUUAAUUAGUCUGAAACUAUGGAAAAUUCAAACAACCAUUUGGAUGUGGAGAGAAAGUCAGAAAGAUCUGAAACAGUGGAUUUGAAUGACAACACACUGCAAGUUGACAUUUCAGAUGCACUCAGUGAAAGAGAAAAGGUUAAAUUUACUGUCCACACUAAGACAACUUUGAAAGAUUUUGUCAAGCAAGACUUUUCAGUAGUUCGCCAGCAUGAAGAGUUUAUUUGGCUACAUGAUCGAUUUGAAGAAAAUGAAUCAUAUGCAGGAUAUAUUAUUCCGCCACCGCCUCCAAGACCAGAUUUUGAUAGUUCUAGAGAGAAGUUGCAAAAACUUGGAGAAGGAGAGGGUUCAAUGACAGCAGAGGAGUUCAAGAAAAUGAAACAAGAGUUGGAGGCAGAGUACUUGGCAACAUUCAAAAAGACAGUUGCAAUGCAUGAAGUUUUCUUGUGCCGGUUGGCUAAUCACCCCAUAUUUAGAGCCGAUACAAAUUUUCGUGUAUUUCUCGAAUACGAACAGGACUUAUCGGUGCGAGGGAAGAACAAAAAGGAAAAAUUGGAAACGUUCCUCAGAUCUUUCUCCAAGACAACCGACGAAAUAUUGCUUGGGUCUACGCAAAAGGACGUUGACGAAUUUUUUGAUAAGGAGAAAAACUUUCUUCUAGAUUAUCAUUCCCUAUUGAAAGACGCUACCCUUAGAGCAGAUAAAAUGACCAAAGCUCACAAGGAUGUGGCGGAUCACUUUAUCAAGAUUUCCUCUUGUUUGCUGGAAAUGGCUACAGCUGAUACAAAUCAAUUGGAACGUUUUGCUACGAAAGCAGCUGACAUCUUUGAAAAAGCCAGGAAAAUUGAAAAUCGAGUCUCCACUGACGAAGAUCUGAAGUUGUCAGACACGCUACGUUAUUACAUGCGUGACACAACGGCAGCAAAAAAUUUACUUUAUCGCCGUCUUCGUUGUUUGGCCGAUUAUGAGGGGGCCAACCGAGCUCUAGAGAAAGCAAGAGCUAAGAAUAAAGACGUCCAUGCGGCCGAAUGGUCCCAACAUCAAGCGUGCGAGAAAUUCGAACAAAUGUCUGCUAAAGGGAAAGAAGAAUUAAUCGAUUUCAAAGUGCGGAGGGUGGCCGCUAUCAAGAAGAACCUCAUCGAACUAUGCGAACUGGAAUUGAAACACGCAAACACUCACUCUCAGCUGUUGAAAGCCAGCAUCGUCGCUCUAAGAGAAGAACUCUAAAGUGGUACGCCUUUUCAUUGCGUUCAACCAAUAAAAGUACGAAGAAUCCAACGAGAAAAUCCGCGAUUGAAAGAUUCCAAAAAUAUCCUCUUUUUUUUGCGCUCCGUUAUCCCUGACUCCCGAUUAUUCCCGCAGCCAGUGUGAUUGAUGCGUUCACGCCGGUGGUUUCUAUUCGUCGUUGUUCGUUGCCUUAUAAUGAUUCGGAGCGAAUUUGUUAUCAUUCUGUUUGGCCGACCAUGUUUCGCCCCACAACCUUGUCCUUUUUUUUUAAUGUCGUCUCCAGUCCCACCUGUUCCCUCCCCCCUUUCCCUUUUAUUCUUUUGCUGGUAGACCUCUAUCGUUUGUCAUUUGUUUCGCUUCUGUUCCCAAAACUCCAUGUCCAUACAUUAUUGUUGAAUAUACGCCAAAGUUGAUUGUAAAAACAA